AUGCCGGCCGCCGGCCUCAAAACCAUCAUCGCGCUGUCCUUCGUCCUCGCCGUCGGCUUUCUCCUCGUCAUCCUGUCCUGCGCCCUGUUCCACUCGUACUUCCCGCUUCUCGUGGUGGGCACCUACGUCAUUGCGCCUAUUCCCAACUGGAUUUGCGGACGGUGCGCCAACCCCGAUGACUUUGUCGAGAGCUCCGGCGCGGCCGUCCUGGACGCCGGCCGCUUCUUCACCGGCUUCCUGGUCGUCAUGGGCAUGGCCCUGCCCGUCGUUCUCGCCCACUCGGACCUUAUUCGCGUCGAGGCAAUGAUCAUGUCGAUAGUGGGCGGCCUGUUGAUCUACGGCACCAUAAUCAGCUUCAGCUUGUUCUUCCAGGAGGAGCAAGAGUUCUAG